GUGAUAACAUCAGAGCUAGUGUUUUCCAUUCAGCCUUCCAUUGAGACGCUGGAUAAGACCCUGAGAGAUCCUUACUGUACAGCCGUUUAGGAGAGUAUGGACUAUUUACCCUUCUGAAACUGAAGUAAGAAUUCAGAACACUUGCAGUAACCAUUUGCAACCGAGACACAAAAUGAAGAUCUCUCCUUUGGCUGUGCUGAGCUGCGCACUGUUUGUCUUCACCUUCCAGGUCACCGUUACAGAUGAAGCAAACUUACCAAUGAUGCCAUAUUAUGCAGAGUUAAUAUUUGAUGGAAAAAUAACUGACAGUAUGUCAUUCAUCAUACAAUCUGCAAAUUUCCCUAUUAUCCUGACUGGUGAUGCAAACAAUGUCACCAUAACCAACGUUAGCAUCACUACAGAUUGCAGUGUCACUGGCCAAGUAGCAGAAUGUAGAUGCCAACAAAACUAUACUUGGAGUGGCCCUGUAUGCACAUUGUACCCACAAUGCUGUUUGAACAAAACAUUCUGCAGCAUCAGUGUAUCAGAUGACACACCCACGUGUCAACCUAAGAAAAGGGUAACUGUGAGGGGAACGUUCAUUCUACCUGACACGUUCACAGAAGAUCUUAAUGACAUUAACAGUGCUGCCUACACAGCCCUUAAGCAAAAGGUUGGAGACCAGUUGAAGAUACAUUUCAGUGAUUUGAAUGAAUUUGACUGUGUGAAAAUCAUUAGCUUCAGAAUCAAUUCAAGCACAGGAAACAUUAUUGUUGAAUUUGUAAUGCUCACAAAUGCACCUUUCACCAAUAAGAUGCUUCUACACAGAAUGGAGGAUCUUUCUAGUUCAUUGAAUGGCAGUAUGAUGACAGUAAACAUAACAGGAAUUGUUGAAAUGACCAUCAAGGAAGGAAAUGGAAAGACUGUUAAAUCUGAAGAUCGGGUUGUAAUAACUUGUAAUCUGGAGGAUAAUACAGUGAAACCAAAAUGGUUCUUGAGUCAAAAAGGAGAAUCACUGGAAAUUCUACCAGGAAACGGAGUGGAAUUUGGUUCUGUAGGACCAAUUUACAGUAUUACCAUUUUGAAAGCCAGUGAAAACUGGGGAGGUAUCUACACCUGUGAGUUUUCACAAGGUUCAAUAAAACACAAAGGAGUCAAAACCCUUCGUGUAGCCCUCUUACCAGAUUAUAUUGUGGGUGUUGCAAACCCACAAUUCCCUGACUGUAGGGAGAACGGAGUAAUUCAAGUAAAUUCAACCUGCAGAAUCAAAAAGAGCAAUGAAACUUAUACAGUGAAAUGGACUAAUGCAAUUUCAAAUCUGAAAGACACUGAAGAAGUCUAUACAUCUUCAACAACAGUCAAUUGUGCUGAUGUUGCUGAUGAUAUUACUGUAAUGUGUUCAUUUGAAAACAUUAUGGGGCAGGUGAAAUCACAAGGCAUAAACAUUUCAAUUAUAAAAGGUGAUGAUAAUACUUGUCCAAAAGACGGAGACUGGCCAUUAACCAAAAGUGGUAAAGUGGCAGUUCUGCAGUGUGCAGAUACUGAGGUGGGGACACGAACACUGAAAUGUGGAGAAAGCAAAUGGGAAGAAUCACUGGAAGACUGUAUCGACAGAAAAUUAUAUGAAGUACUUCAAAAUGCACUGAAACUGGCAGAAGGUCUUGGAAACCCGAAAGAAGUUGUCAGUAAUUUGUUAGCAGACCUUGCAAAGAUUGAAAAUACAAGUACACCAAUCUCAGCUGCAGCCCUUAAUGCAUCGUUGUAUGUUCUGACACUAAUAACUUCUGCUUCAAUGAAGGCAAAUACCACAUUCUCAGGGGAUGUUUUGAUAGAAUAUGUUGCUAGAGCAAACUGUCUCUUGGACCCUUCUUUGACAACAACAUGGAAAGAAUCUACUAAUAAAGCUUCUGACUUCCUUCAGACUAUUGAAAACUUUGCAAAGCUGGCAUUUGCAAACAAUGGAUCAUUUUCUAAAACAUUUCAAAAUCUUGAGUUGAUAUGCAGUCCUAUACUAGCAAAUAAUACAAUAGAAAUACAAUCCGCACAUGCACCUGUCAAAAUGAACGUUAAAACAAACUCCUCGAAAGCCACAAUUUCUACCUUAACUUUUUUUUCAUUAAAUUCAAUUUUACCCCAAAAUACAAUGCAAGGCUUUGGUGUUAACAGCAAAAUUCAAUCCAUCACAUUAGUAGAUGCAGAACCACAAGGAGUAGAAAUUACAUUUCAAUUGGAAAAUGAAACAAAUUCAAAAUAUAAGAUGAUGUGUGUUUACUGGGAUUUCAAAGCAAAUGAUGGAAAAGGAGGAUGGUCCGGUGAAGGCUGCAGAUGGGACAGACAAGACUCAAACUUAGCCACCUCAUCUUGUGUUUGUGACCACUUGACAUCUUUCUCUGUGCUAAUGUCAAAAUUUCCUAUCAGUUUACCUUGGCUUGACGAAAUUGGUUAUGUUGGCGUGGGUGUGUCCAUUUGUUCCCUCAUGCUCUGUCUCAUAAUUGAAUUUUUAGUAUGGAAUUCAGUAGUUAAGUCAAACAUCUCUCAUUUUCGACACACAGCCCUGGUUAACAUUUCUGUGUCUUUGCUUAUUGCAGACUGCUGCUUUUUGUCUGCUUCUUUCCAAGGUGGCAAAGGCAGUAAACUCUGUUUACCUCUAGCAAUGGCCAUGCAUAUUUCUUUCUUAGUGAUGUUCUUUUGGAUGCUCUGUCAAAGCAUAAUGCUCCUUCACCAAAUGAUUUUCCUCUUCCAACAACUGAGAAAGAAAAUUUACCUAUCUUUUUCAUUUGCUCUUGGCUACUUAGGCCCAAUAUGCAUUGUGAUUGGAACAUACAUGGUAAAUCCUGCUAAAUACCACAGGAAAGAUUCCUGCUGGCUAAUGUAUGAAGGGGGGAUGAAGGGAUCCAUUUUUGCUUUUGUUCUACCUGUUGGAAUCAUUGUUAUCAUCAAUACUUUUGCUUUGGUUGUGGUCAUUUCAAAGGUAAUGAGACCUUCAGUAUCAGAAGGAGAUAAAGCAGAUGUCAAGGAGAAUGUGAAAAGUAUAUUGAAAGCAGUUAUUAUCCUGACUCCAGCAUUUGGAUUAACAUGGGCCCUGGGAUUCCUUACCAUGAUAUUUGACCUACCUGAGACGUUUGGAGCAAAAUCAGUUCACUACUUAUUUUCUAUAUUUAACUCAUUACAGGGCCUGCUUAUUUUGAUAACUGGGUGCUUUACAGAGAAAAAGGUGCGAGAAGCCCUCUUGAAACGGGUGAACUCUGUGUACGCUCCACAGUCCAAGAGUGAAACCUAAAAUUCUGUAAAGAAGUGAAGUAACGGUGACAGAUUGGAAAUUGGAAGAACCUGGAAUGCAAUCUCAGGCCCUCUUUACAAGGAUAUUUAAAUAAGUAAAUUGUUUGUUAUUAAAAUAAAGGUUGAUAUGAAUUAAGCUCUUGUAGACUGUUGUUAAAGAAAACAGCAGCCCAGAAUAGUGAUGUAUGCUGCAAAUGUGCUGUAGUCAUUGUUGCUGCCUUGUUUAGAAACUAACCUUUUUUAAGCAUUAGAAAAGCAUCUGUUCUGGCAUUUGUAUAAUACUCUUACUUGUUUCAACUUUUCCGUUCAGACUCAUUAGUAAUUACUGCAACCUCAAUUUACAAUGUGCGCACAAACUGACACAUAAAAAUACAUUAAUUCAAACAGCUCUUGUAAAAAAUACUCUGGGUUCCAUAAAUCCAGCACAUAUGUACAGAAGGUGUUUUGUGUCUCCCUAAGGAAAUGUAUAGUCUAUAAAACUGGCCUGUAUUUUCCACAAUGGACAACUAGAAAGGGGAGUAGCCCACUCCACAGAUAAUAUAUCAAGUGGGCAAUUUGCAAGCAUUGGAAAACCAAGCCCUCUGUUUUACUGUUUACAAGUGGGAAAGCAAAACUAGCAGAACAAUCUGUAACAUUGGUGAAAAACUGCUGAACAAAAAGGAGAACUUAUUUUCAAUUUUUUUGUUUGUUUUUUAAAUAGACCCUUAUGAUAAAUGUAGGAUUUUUAAAAAUAAGUUAUUAUUAAGUUUAAAUAUUACCCUAAAAUGUUCCAAACAUUUUAGUUUUUUCAAUAAACAACAAAGGGGUUCUAAUAUAUAUAUAAUGGACAAACUUAUUUUUAACCAAAUUUAAAUUGAAAGUAAACUGGUAAUAAUUUGUGUACUGAGAAAUAUACAUACUUUUAGAGCUAUGUUGUAACACAAAACAAAAUUGUAUUAUUACAAAUUUUCUCAAUAGUAAUGCAUCAGUCAAAGUCAUCACUCCCUCCUCCUUGGGGCUAUGAAAUGUGGGGCAUUAGCUUGAGAUUUACCAUGCUAUCCUGCCCAAGGGGGGAAUGUGCCUGUUUUGCUUCCCCAGCCCCUCUAUACUGUAACAGUUUUGCUUCAUAAAGCAUAUU